CAAAAUACGAAAAGUGAUUUAAAUUUAUUUUAAUUUAUAAUGCCACCAAAAAGUAAAAAACCAAAAUCUGAUGUCGAAUCAACUGAUCCAAACUAUGUAAACAAGAGACAGAGAAAUAAUGAGGCAGUCAGGAAAUCUCGGGAUAAAUCCAAGAAGAAAGCAGAAGAGACAAUGUACAAAGUACAAAAGUUAAAAGAAGAAAACAAGAAAUUGGAGGGAAAAAUUGAUGAGCAAAAAAAGACAAAAAAGUUUUUAAAGGAUCUAUUUCUACAACAAACCACAAGCAAGAUGCAAAAUCCAACAGAAGAACAGUGGAAGCUAAUAAAAGAGGAAGAUUCCGAUGACGAUGAAAUAAAUUCUGAUGAAGAUGGCACAUUAGAUGAAAGUCAAAGUCAAUCAAAUUCAGAAGAGUCUGAAUCUGAGCCGGCUCCACCACCACGAAAACAACCUGCUAAGCGUAGAAAGUAAUAAUGUUAAUAAAUGUUAUGUGUAAGUGUU